AAACACAUAUUAUUAUGUUAUAUGUUAAAGUUUGAAUAGUGCAUUUUGUUUACAUCAAUAAUUUAAAACAAUAAUUUUGUAAGCAAUAAUUUAAAUAACAUGGAAGUCAUUAUGAGCACAUAAUCGAAGAAAGAGAAGAAAUAAUCUAAGAUAAUUAGAAACUCGAAUGAAGAAAAAGUAAACAAUAUUGAAAGGUUAAAAUAUUCAUUACAUUCUGUAUAUUUUUUUCUAACCACCAUGGACAAACAUAAGUUAGAUAUUCAAGGAAACCAAAGUCGAUACGUAGCAACGCCAGAAAUGAAAAAGAAAAAUAUAUCAAAUAACAUGUCUAUUAACGUUGCAUCAUCUUCUGGACAAAAAGCUAGAAUAAAUUAUGAUUUUAUACAGCCAAAUAAUCUCUUUCAAAGGAAAAAAACUAUGUCGAGACAUUCGAUGUUGCCUUCUCACAUAUUAUUAGAAUCAUCGAAGGAGGAAGAAGCAAGAACCAAAGAUAUGGAAUUAAAAUUAUUGUACAAUGAUUAUCUUCAAGUUAUUAUGUUAGAGCAUCUGACAAAAAAUAAAUCAGAAGACAUGAAAAAGACUAUUAUUAGACAGUUAGCUGAUAUUGCAAAAGAAUGUGCAUCCGAUGAAGAAAAAUUACUUAAAUUAAAGAUUAGAGAAAGGGAUAUAAUGCAUUUAAGUAUUGCUCAAACAGAAUUAGAUGCUCAAAUUGAAGAAAUAAAUGAAUACAUUAGAAGUGGUAAGAUAGAUUCUAUAAAAGAUAUUAUGUCACAUUUGUGUUCGGUUUUGGAACCUUUGGAUCAAUUACGAUGUAAAAAUAUAAUUCUUCCUGAGAAAACGGAAGAAUGGUUAGAAUUAGAAGAAACUCUUAAAGAAUGCAAAAAUACUCUUCAACAUAUCAGAGAACUGAUAAACAAUAAUUUACAAACAUAUCAAGCUGUAUACAAUGGAAUGAAAGAUUUUACUACAACGUACAAUGAUAUAGAAACUUGUCAGAAAAAGUUAGACGAGGCACUCAGUCAUUUGCAAGUAAUCGUAUUAAAACAUGGUUCUUUUUCGUUAAAAUAAUAUUAAGUUCUUUUUUUUUCUUUUUAUAAAUAUGUAAUAUAUAAGUGCUCUUAUUAUUUUUAAGUUACAUAAAGUUUUCAAUAAAAAUUAAUAUUUUCUUACGGUUUCUUUUUCUCUGUGAUCAUGAAGUAUGUAUUACGAGGAAAACGAAUAGAUAUUAUAUAAAAUAAUUUUUUUUAUAUUAAAAUUUCAGUAAAAUUUUCUUUUUUAAUUUGUAUGUAUGUCUUUAAUUUUUAAUUUUCUCAUUUGAUUUUUCAUACUCAUAAUGGAACAUUCGAUGUAAUGAUCUCCACGUGAUGAGAUCUUACGGUGUAUACAUACAACUAUGUAAUAAUCGUAAACAAAGCAAGUAUUAUAUUGCUAAUAGAAUUGACAAUGUUUAUCUAACGAAGCGACAGUAGAUAAUUUGUAUUCUUCGACUGAUAUUGCAGUUUAUGUCUCGUAUUCUGUCGGUAACAUUAUAUCUUAUCAAGUAAUAAUUAAAAUUUGUUUGACAUUUUCUCUUUAAACAAUAA